AUGAGUGUUGCACAACCAGUUAUGUACGGAGACCAGCUCAAUUCUUUUACCAGGGGAAGCCACCAUAGAGAUUCGUCUUUCAAUGAUUUGCUUUCCUCUUUCAAAGCCCGAGUGUCUGCUCAAAACUUUUCUUCAAGAAGCUCCAGUUCCACACCCAACAAUUCUGCAUCCGCAUACGUCAAAAAACGUUCUUACAGUGACCAGGCCAGCGACACACACCACCUGCAGCAGCCUGAACUUCACAAAGCUAAGAGAUCCCGGACUGCUCCUCCUUCGCCUCCAACAUUCCUGGGCCAUCUGCCAUUGAGCAAUUGGCCUGACGCGAAGCCAUGCCAGCAAGCGCACCUCAAAAUCACUUUGCCCAGUCUCAGCGAUGCUUUGAAAGCCUCGUCUGCAAAGCCACUCAGGCCAAUCAUUCCGACCGUCUCACUUGACUAUUUUGACACGUAUAAGCCCAACGAUGAGAAUUGGCGUUAUGGCUUGUUGGACACUAUCAAACACACCAGACCUUCAUUCAAUUUAGACAAGUACAGCUACUUGAACAAGCACGUUUCGCCGCAGAUCCCCUCAUUCGACGAAUUGAGUAAAGGCCUGCGGCCCCAUUUUGAUGCCCGAGUCAGCCCAAAAGCGUUGCCCGAGCUGCGCGAGCGCAAGAUCAAUUUCCCUUAUGAGUCCAACUACACCUACCUUAAUAAGACAUAUAUGACUGACGUGGAAAGAUACUCGGAGUACUUAGAGCUUGCGCAUUCUCUAGUCAAACUUUCCAAACCACAGCACUCAACUCCUGAACAAAAGUACUCCGCUUUGCAUCCUUUGGAUACCUUUCCGCUUGAUAAGGUGCGUCCACUCUCUGAGUUGGGCCUUACCCACAGCCAACAGAGCGCUCCAUUGCAGUACCAUAACCACAACCAGAGGGCGAUUAAUCACAUGAUGCAUACUGAAAGAACGACUCAAGACAGAAGCACACAGAGAACGUACGAGAGGCCACAAGAGGGAAUUCAAGAGAGAAACACACAUGCGCAAGAGCCGACCCAAGGCCAUAAAAGUCCCCAGAGCCAGAGCAGCCCAAUUCAGUAUCUGCACAUGGAUGUCAGCAAGUCUCCAUUGGGUCUGUCUCCAUAUUCAUACAUUACUCCAGAAAGCAGUUUUGAAAAAACUUCAAAGGAGAAAAAGGUUCAGCGUACGCGGUUCAUCCCAAUUACACCUCCAUCGGUCAAAAACAAGUCGAGGUCUGACUUGAUGAAGUCUCCUCCAAAACUGGCUCCUGCUGUGCCUCGUGUAUGCAUUUCGUGUGGCUCCGACCAGUCUCCCUGCUGGCGUCCUUCCUGGAGCUCCAAAGAGGGACAGCUUUGCAACUCUUGCGGAUUGAGAUACAAGAAGACCGGUGCUCGGUGCCUCAACAAUGAAUGCAAGAAGAUUCCAGCCAAGGGAGAAUGGUCUGUGAUGCAAAGUAAGGGUAGAAUCCAGUUUGGUGACGAUACCGCAUACGCUUGUCUCGACUGCGGAAGUAAAGUAGAGGUUAAUAAGUAG